CGUCAUCAGGCUUAUUGGCAUCGAGGUUGAACAUAUGACUCUAGGUAGAUAUCUGAUAGUUGCUUUCUUUGAGAUGUUUACCCAAGAUUCUACGCGACUCCUUGUUCUAGUUUCAGUCACCAGAUAUGUCAGUGAUUAACACAGAACUCGAAUGUGCUCGAAACAUUGCUCUUCUUUACUACCUUGGUAGGAUUGGCUGCAAACAUCAAAAGAACAAUAUUCAAGAUUGUGAACCUAUACGCAAAUCAGACAUCAGCAGGGUACUGUCUUUGCAAGAUGAAAAGUUACUCACGUCAACACUGGCGUUUCUUUCGAGUAUUCGAGAUGAUGCUCUGAAGGUCACAGCAGUUUGUGUAGAAGAGAAGAAAUCUAGUGUUGUGGUGAUGGUUGCGGCCAAUGCGAAAGAUAGUCACGCUCAUCAUCGUAUCUUGACGCUGUCAAGGAAGGGUUUGAUAGAAUAUUCAAAUUACUCAAUUGGGAGACUCCAGUAUCUUCUGAGAGCCUUCGUUAUCGGAUUAUCAGUAUCGUCACCUCUAUAUGUCGAAGCCGAAUAAUGAGCAGAGCGAGAUUCAUCAAGCACGGCCAAAGACAAGGCCUUGAUACCAUAUUGAAGGCAGUCAACAAAGAGAUGGCUCGA